AUGUUUGCGACCAAAGUUCUCCGUCAAGCCUCUGCUGCUGCUGCUCACUCGGAGCGGACUCCAUUGAUCAAGUUCAUGGGCAAGAGAUCAAUUCCUUCUUCAAUCGACCACUCUGCUCAACCACAUCCAGCAUCCCCAACCCACGAGCUUCCAGCAGGCUUCUCCGAAGCUCAAAAGUCUUCCUCUCCUUCAUUCUCUUCCUAUAGACAGAAGGCCCAACAACAUGGUCCACUCGGUCGCAGUGCCAGGAAUGACGGCACGAUCGGUUCACUCUCCGGCAGGGCUCUAGGCUCCGUCGCUCCAAGCAAGGGCGAAUACUUUGAUCGAAACGAGCUCCCUGCACGUUUCCGACGUACUCCAAUUGACCUUGCCGAGAUUGAUGCUAUCGAAACCGGUGGUGCUACCGUUGUCUGCUAA